ACAAAACAGCCUCUAUUGACCUCGACACACUCAACAAAAUCGAUACCAGAUUCCGGCGAAAAUGGACGGCCGAGAUUCAUCGGAUUGGCCUCCACCUGGCUAUACUGAGGAUGUCAAAGUAUCUAACGGUAGAAAAAUCAAGGGGCAUUGACCGAUAUUAUGCUGGGCCAGCUCCUUAGCUCAAUUUCCCUGUCAUUUCUUCAAUACUAUACAAAUGUGGAGACUGGGAAAAAGUUUUAUUCCAAGAAGGAAGUCACUCGGUACAUGAACACAAAAGAUACUUGCCAUGAUGUGACUCAAGCAGUGAAUAAUCAAGAUAAGAGCUGCUCCGAGAACAAUGUUAGUCAAAUGAAUAAUCAAGAUAAGAGCUGCUCCGAGAAUAAUGUUAGUCAAAUGAAUAAUCAAGAUAAGAGCUGCUCUGAGAACAAUGUUAGUCAGAUUGUUGAGGGAACAAAGGAUUCUCAUGAAUGGUUACCUCCAGGGUGGACAGUUGAGUUGAAGCCUCGUAAAUCUGGCACACAUGCUGGUACGACUUACAAGGUUUACGUUGAUCCAUCAACUGGAAACAAAUUCUAUUCGAAGCCUGAAGUAACUAGAUAUCUCAAAAGUAUAAAGCAGAACAACAUAGCGGGAGAAGGACAGAUACAUGGAAAUGGUGAGGUAUCCUCUUCAAAUCAGAAAGCAUCUGAGGAUUCUGAAAAUAUGAGGGUCCAGAGUCGUGUAUCCAAAAGGAGGAAAUCUGACAUUGACCAGCCCACGCAUGGCAUCGAGGAGGGGUCAUUUUCGAAGCAGCAAGCAUCUCAGGAAUCUGAAGAAGUUGGGGAAGAGAGUUGUAUAUCCAAAAGGAAGAAAUCUGGCAUUAAGAGGCCCUCUACAAAGAUUUCUCCCUCUCAUGGUGCUGGAGAUGACUUCCCUUUAAAUGAGAAAACAUCUCUAGGUUCCAAAGAGAAUGGGGCCCAUAGUCCCCUAUCCAAAAGGAAGAAACCUGGCAGUGACAGUCCAUCUGCAAAGAGUGUUUCCUCUGCUGCAGUUAAGUGCGAUUCAGUGGAUGAAUUACCCCCUGGCUGGAAAAAAGAAGUCAUAACUCGACAAAAUGGUCGUGGGACAAGGAAAGACGCGAUUUACAUUGAUCCAGUGCAUGGACAUAAAUUUCGCUCCAAAAAGGAAGUUUUCCGCUAUCUACAAAAUGGAGACGCUAGUAGGUCUGCUAGAAGACCUGCGAAAGGGAAUGAAGCUUCACCAAAGAAGGAUAAUUCUCCCACAACAGAUGAUGCCAGCUUGAAGAAAUCAGGGUGCUUUGUGACAGGAAGACCGCUUUUUCCCACUGAUGAUGAUGAGUCGAAAGGGGCAAAAAGUUUUGGUACUUGCUCACCUGCACAGCAAGUUGAGAGUUCCAAGAAACAGCUUGACUGCAGUGUGUCUGAUCCUAACACCAUCAUCACAUCCAUUUUAGCUGAGCUAAAUGAGAACCAUUCCGUUGAAAAUUUAAUUGAAGAUGCUGAAAUAGAAACUGUAAGUGUUGAUGUUAAACAGCCACCAGCAGUUUCCACUCAGUCAGAUCUCCCUGAGAAGCAAGUACCAGAAAUUGAGCAGGAAAAGCAAAGUGAUAAAGCAGCGACGCAGCAGUCAAGCAAAUCUAGAAAUAGAGAGUCACUUAACCUUGGUCGUAGGGCGUCCAAAAGACUCGCAGGUCAAAAUCCAGAAGCAGCUGCGAAUUUGGAUCUGGAUGAACAUGCUCUUCCAGCUGUAGUUGACAAAUCUGCCUCUCCGAGCCUCUCCCUGAAUGUCUGUGGUCAGGAAUUGCUUCAACACUCUGAUCCUCCAACGGGAACUGGCAAGUCUGAUCAGGCUUCUUUGAGCGGAAAAGCUUCAUUGGACGACUUACCCCCAGGCUGGAAAAAAGAAUUCAAAAUUACAAAAAAAGCUAGUGGGAUAAGAAAAGACCCGUUAUACAUUGAUCCAGUGCAUGGAUAUGCAUUUUACUCCAAGAAGGAUGUUUUUCGCUAUCUAGAAACUGGAGACAUCAAGAGCUGUGCUAUAAGACCUGUCAAAAGAGAUCUACAUGCUACAACGAAGGAGAGUUCUCCCGCAACACCUAACACCAAUUCGAAGAAAUUAGAGUGCUCCGACACCAAAGGGCAAUCUUUUGGUGCUAAGGAAUCCAAAGGUCGAAAACGUUCAGUUACUUGUUCACCGGAAGUACAAGCCGAGAGUUCCAAGAAACAGUCUGAAAGCGGUGUGUCCAAUGCGAACACUAUUAUCACAUCAUCUGCAGCUGAUAUAAAUGCCAAGCAUUCAAAUGAGAAUGUAAUUGAGACUGCUGAAAAGAGUCUAGACACAAAGCCAGAAAUAAGAGACUCAAGUGCAGACACAAAAGUCAUAGCUGCUGAAAGUGUCGCUGUUUCAGCUGUCCCAACGCCUCUGUCAGAUCUACCCCCAGAGAAGCAAUUACCAGAAAAUGUGCACGAAAAACAUAGUAAUAAAGACGAACUGGAGCAAUCAAGAAGAUCCAAAACUAAGAAGCCACUUACACCUGGUCGUCGGAUCUCAAAAAGACUUGUGGGCCACAGCCCAGAACCGGUGGCUGAUUUGGAUCUAGGUGAACGUGCUUUUCGAGCUGUGGUUAAGAAAUCUGCCUCUUCGGGCCUUCCCCUGAAUGUCUCUGGUCAGGAAUUGCCCCAGCAAACUGAUCUAGCGACUGGCAGUUCUGAUCAGCCGCCUGCAAGCAAUAAAGCUUCAUCACGCGAUGAUCCAUUGGAAGUUGUGAAGGGUCUCUCAGAGGGCCAAGCUUUUAAAGAGCAAAGAGUUGCAAACGAGUUGACAAGUGAGAAGCAAGAUGAUGAGAAAAUAUUGCAAGAUUCUCAGCCAGCUGGAAUAUCACAUGAAAGCGGAAAGGUUCACUUGGAGCACCAGUUGGUUAAAGAAAGGCCUACAGGUGAGCUGGCGAAAGAAGAAAAAGACAGUCAGAAGAGAUUAUUUAACGAUUCGCAACCAGCUGAAUUAGAAUCAGAAAGUAGGGUACUCCCCGCGGAGGACCGGUCUGUUUCAGAAAGGUCUACCAAGAAACGAACUGGCUAUUCUGAUCAGGCUUCUCUGAGCAGAAAAGCGUCAGGGGAUGAAUUAUCACCAGGCUUGGAAAAGGAAAUACUUAACCUGAACAAAGAUCCGACAGUAGGACCUGGCAAUUCUGAUCAUGCUUCUCUGAGCAGACAAGCUUCUGGGGAUGAAUUACCACCAGGCUCGGGAAAGGAAAUACUUAGCCAGAAGAAAGAUCUGACAUUAGCAACUAGCAAUUCUGAUCAGGCUUAUUUGAGCAGAGAAGGUUCACUGGAUGAAACACCACCAGGCCGGGGAAAGGAAAUACUUCGACAGAACGAAUAUCCUAUAGUAGGAACUGGCAAUUCUGAUCAUGCUUCUCUGAGCAGAAAAUUUUCACUGGAUGAAAUACCCCCAGGCUGGGAGAAUGUAAUACCUGCCCAGAACAAAGAUUCUAUAGUAGGAACUGGCAAUUCUAAUCAGGCUUCUCUGAGCAGAAAAUUUUCACUGGAUGAAAUACCCCCAGGUUGGGAGAAUGAAAUAUUUGCCUACAACAAAGAUCCUACAAUAGGAACUGGCAAUUCUAAUCAGGCUUCUCUGAGAAUAGAAGCUUCAGCAGAUGAAUUACCACCAGGGUGGGAAAAGGAAAUGCUUACCCAGAACAAAGAUCCGACAGUAGGAACUGGCAACUCUGGGUCACUGGAUGAUAUACCUCCAGGCUGGGAAAAGGAAAUACUUGCCAGGAACAAAAAUCCAUCAGUAGAAACUUGCAAUUCUGAUCGGUCUUUACUGAGGAGAGAAGCUUCAGUGGAUGAAUUACCACCAGGCUGGAAAACGGAAUUCAGAAUGAGAAAUACCACUCGUGGGAUAAAAAAGGACCCGUUUUACACGGAUCCAGUGCAUGGAUAUGUAUUUCGCUCCAAAAAGGAUGUUAUGCGCUAUCUGCAAACUGGAGACAUCAGAAGUUGUGCUAUGAGACCUACCAAAAGGGAUCCGGAUUCAACAAUGAAGGAUGAUUCUCCCUCAACACAUGACACCGGUUCGAAGAAAUUAGGAUGCUCUUUGACCGGAAUACAACUUUCUGCCACCGAGGAAUCAAAAGGUAGGAAGUGUUCUGUGACUUGUUCGCUGGAACUACAAGCUGAGAGUUCCAAUGAACAUCCUGAAAGCAGUGUGUUCAACCCCAAUAACAGUACUUCAUCUAUUGUAGCUGAUAUAACAGAAAUAAGAGACUCAAAAGCUAUAGCUGCGGAAAGUGUUGAUGUUAGAAGGUCAUUAGCUGUUUCCUCCCAGUCGAACUCCCCUCCAGAGCAGCAAUUACCAGAAUAUGAGAAGGAAAAGCAUAGUAAUAAAGGAGUGCCAGCUGGGUCAAGAAAAUUUAGAAAUAGUAAGUCAUCUACUCCAGUUCGUCGGGUCUCAAAGAAACUUUCACGCCACAAUCCAGAAAUGGUGGCUGAUUUAGAUCUAGGUGAACGUUCUCUUCGAGCUGUGGUUAAUAAUUCGGCCUCUUCAGUCCUUCCCCUGAAUGUCUCUGGUCGGGAAUUGCCCCAGCAAACUGAUCUAGCAACUGGCGUUUCUGAUCAGCCCUCUCUAAGUAAAAAUGCUUCAUCACGAGAUGACCCAGUGGAAGUUGUCAAGUGUCUCUCAGAAGGCCAAACUUUUAAAGUUGCCAACGGAUUGACAAGUCAGAAGCAAAAUGAUGUGAGAAUAUUGCAAGAUUCUCAGCUAGCUGGAAUAUCACAUGAAAGUGGAAUGGUUCACUUGGAGCACCAGGUUGUUAAAGAAGAACAAGACAGUCGGAAGAGAUUAUUGAACAAUUCUCAACCAGCUGAAUUAGCAUCGAUAAGUAGGGUAUUCCCUGUGGAGGACCUGUCUGUUUCUGAAAGGUCUGCCAUAGAGCAGGUAAGUGAGAAACGAGAUUAUGAGAACAAGCAAUGGCAAUAUUCACAACUAGCUGAACCAUCAUGGAGAAGUGUGGUGGAUCUUAAUGUGGAGAACAAGCAAUGGCAAGAUUCACAGCUACUAGCUGAACCAUCGUGGAGAAGUAAUGUGGAUCUUAAUGUGGAGAACAAGCAAUGGCAAGAUUCACAACUACUUGCUGAACCAUCAUGGAGAAGUACUGUGGAUCUUAAUGUGGAGAACCAGCAAUGGCAAGAUACACAACUAGCUGAACCAUCACACCGAAUUGUGGAUCUUAAUGUGGAAAACCAACAAUGGCAAGAUCCACAACUAGCUGAACCAUCACAAAGAAGAGUGGAUCUUAAUGUGGAAAACCAGCCUGUUAGAGAAAAGCAAACAGGUGGGCAGCUGGUAACUGAGAAUCAAGAUGAACAGAACAGAAGAUUGCACGCCCAACUAGCUUCUUAUCCAUUUGCGGACUAUUGGUCAGACCCAUGCAUGGAGUUUGCAUUCAAGACCCUUACAGGUGCAUUGCCAGUUGAAGAUACCUUGCCCUUUCAGGGAUCUGCCCAUCAUGAAUACAAUACUAACUUCACUCAGGUUGAUGAUGGGUGCUUUGAACUGCCAUUAUUCAACACGUCCAGCUUUUACAUGAAUGAUGUUCCAAACAAUUGUGCUCCACUGGAGCAGCACGUCGUCAAGGAGCAGCCGCCAAUAAAUCAGACCUUUUUUGCUCCGCCAAUAAAUCAGACCUUUUUGCCCGCUGGAAAUAAUAGCAUACCAGGUUGCAGUAGUGUUGUUUCUCAAAAUGCAGAUUUUGACACCCAGGCUAAGGACUACAACAACAAACAACAGCAUACCCAGUAUCAUCCCACAAGUGGGGUUUGGGGGACCCAGGCUAAGGACUAUCAUUCUAAAUUUAAAUCUCAAAGGUGAAUGCCUUAAGAGAGAGAAGUGUUAGGUGUAUCAAUGGAUCAACUAAUAACCCGAUGCUGCGCUUCUGUGAAUGCAUUAUUGUGCAGCUGUUACCCUCUAGCCGUUUAACAUUUUUUAACGCCGUUUCUAGAGUUGGGGGUGUCUAUAAUUGGUUGAAGGUUGACCACAGAUGAUGCUUCAUCAGAUCUAUGUGGAGGUGACAGAUAAAUUAGGAUUUGUUCGAACCGGAUAGCUUGUCGAAAUGUAGAUGUAGCUUUUUGAAUGUUUAGAACCCACGAUCUGUUGGAGUUUAGAAAGUCUUUUUCGACUUCAAAAGGCAUUAGACAAAUGUUUGCUAAAUGUUUUCUGUAUAAGGUUGGAUCUUUAAGCUUUUGUAACAUGUAAAUUUGUCUCUGUUCUCUCCACUAUAAGUGGAUUGUUGAGGCAUUACAGCUUG